UACGACACCCGACUUCACUUCACCAUCAGCCUCACCUCCAGUCCGAGCUCACUCACCACCACCGCCGCCGCCCUCAAGGUUUUCCCAAGAUGGCCCGCCUCAAACUCCCCCACCUCCGGCUCCCACCACCCCUCUCCUACAUCCCCCGCCCCGCCCUCCACCUCAUCACCCUCCUCAUCCUCAUCAACUGCCUCGUCUGGGCCGGCGUCGGCAUCACCCUGCACUACUUCCCCAAAAUGAUCUCGCCCGCCGUGCUGUCCUACACGCUCGGCCUCCGCCACGCCCUCGACGCCGACCACAUCAGCGCCAUCGACCUGAUGACGCGCCGCCUGAUUGCUUCCGGCCAGCGACCCGUAGCCGUCGGCACCUUCUUCAGCUUGGGUCACAGCACCAUUGUCAUCAUCACUUGCAUCGUGGUAGCUGCGACAAGCGGAGCGCUAAGGGACAGGUUUGAUGGGUUUCAGCGGGUGGGCGGCAUCAUUGGCACGUCUGUGAGCGCGGCCUUUUUGAUUAUCUUGGGAGUGGGGAACGGGUGGGUGUUGUAUAAGCUGGUGAAGCGGUUGCGGGUGGUGUUGAAGGAGCAGAGGGAGCGCAGAAGGAGGGUGGAGGAAGGAGAGGAUUUGCGAGCCGAGGAGGAGCAGGAGGCCAUGAAUAACUUGCAGCUGGAAGGGGCCGGGUUUCUGGCGAGGGUGUUUAGGAGGGUGUUUGCCAUUGUGGAUCGGCCGUGGAAGAUGUACCCGCUGGGUGUACUGUUUGGGCUGGGGUUCGAUACGAGUUCGGAGGUGGCGCUGUUGGGGAUUGCGAGCAUACAGGCGGUGCAGGGGACGAGUAUCUGGUUGAUUCUGAUUUUUCCGAUUUUGUUUACUGCCGGCAUGUGUAUGCUCGACACGACUGACGGCGCCCUGAUGAUGGCCCUGUACACGUCCAAGGCCUUCUCGAGAGACGUGGUGGCCAUCCUGUACUACUCGAUUGUGCUUACCGGCAUCACGGUCGUUGUGUCGGCCUUCAUCGGCGUCAUCCAGAUCCUGUCGCUUGCCUACAACGUGGCCGAGCCGACAGGUCGUUUCUGGGACGGGGUUGAAGCGAUAGGCGAUCACUACGACGUUAUUGGCGGAUGCAUCUGCGGCUUGUUUGUCGUUGUCGGUCUGGCGUCGGUCAUCAUCUAUCGCCCCUGGAGGAAAAAGAUGGAGGACCGGAUGGAUGCAAUGAGCAUAUUGGAUGUCGAAAGCCCGGUCGCGUCGCCCGCUGCGGUUGCGGAUGGUGCUAUCAGCCCGUAUGCCGAUAGCCCGGUGGUUACGCCCUUGGAACGGGUCCCGGAACGGAUUGUUUGAGGGUCGGCAGAAUGAAGGGGGUCUUGGCGAGAACGCAACGAAUAUAAGAAGAAAUUGGAUAUUUGACCAUCUUGGCCAUCAGAUAC